ACAAUAAGAAAGAUGGGGACAAACUUUUGAGCAGGGGCUGUUGUGACAGGACAAGGGGUGAUGGUUUAAACUAAAGGAGGGAGAUUCAGGCUGGACAUGAGGAGGAAUUGUUGCCCUGAGGGUGGUGAGAGCCUGGCCCAGGUUGGCCAGAGAGGGGGUAGAUGAACCAUCCCUGGAGACAUCCCAGGCCAGGCUGGACGGGGCUCUGAGCACCCUGAGCUGGUGAAGAUGUCCCUGCUCAUGGCAGGGGGGGCACUGGGGAGCUGCGGAGGUCCCUCCAACCCAAAAUACCCCAUGAUUCUAUAAUUUGGAGAGCCUGGCAGCGUUUGGUGUCUCACAGAGCUCACUCAGACUGCGUGCUGUCCCAGGUAUGGGAUGCAGAAACCCAGCGUGUCCCCAGCUGUCUCGCAAACGCCGUCACCGCCAAAAUCUCCCCGUAACCCACACGCAGCCGUGCCGGGGUGGGCAGCGGGUGACGGAGGGCGGUGGGGACGUGCCUGGCCUGCCGUGUGUGCUCCUCCACACGAAAUGAGCCCCAGCUCCAUCUCGCAGGAGCUGCGCUGGGCUGUGAGGCGGCUGCUGCUGCUUGUGCCUCCAUUUCAGCCGCUCAAGGUCCCUUCUGCAGUUAAUCUGCCCAGCCACAGCCUCCAUGGCUCCUGGCCCUGUUUCCAGGUGCCUUGGCCGCGUUCGGUACAGGACCCGGUUGUGCCAGGUGUAUUUGUCUUGCCGGUCUAUGGAGAGCAACAAAAGGAUCCAUCCUCCCUGCUCCUCGUCCCUGUUUUUACCAUGAGCUUUGCUCUGCCAAAUUCCCUUGGCUUCUUAGAGACACCCGUGCGCUCGCUCCGCAGCGCUGUGCCGUUCUUGGCUGACAAUAGUCCCUGGCUGCAAAACCUCAUUAGAUUAAUUGGCCUUGCCAGCUUCUGAACAAGCAAGCCCUUUAGUCGUGCUGGGGCGCGGAGGGCAGGGGAAGGAGGGACCGCCUGGGCUUCCACCUGCCCUGGUGCUGCUCUCGGAUUCAUCUCAGACCCGGGAGGAGCAGCCGGUGCCCCCAGCUCCCUUGUCUGUGGUCAGCACUGCUUUUUUGGGGUGCACGCUGGCAUGUAGCCCUGUGCUUUUGGGGUCCCAGCCCUUGAGAGUCAUCUGUGGGAACUGGGUGUGGGGGGAUGCGUUGGUGAGUGUCAUGCUGGUUUACCCCCUAAAAGAUGAAGAAAUCUCAGUCUCAGCUCCCCCUUUCUGAGUCCCCUGCAUCAUCCUUCACCUCCACAAGCAACCUGGGGAAUGUUCCUGGAGACCCAUGGAGCCGGGGAAAGCUCCUGGAGACCCAUGGAGCAGUGGGGAGCUCCUGGAGACCCAUGAAGCCAGGGAAAGCUCCUGGAGACCCAUGGAGCUGGGCAGAGCUUCUAUAGACCCAGCAGCCUCCCCUCUGCUGCUGCUCCCCACCCUGGGCUUAGCUCGGUGCAGGGAGGAGAAGCCCAGCAGCAAGAUCAAUCGUGUGUCAGCGCUUUGGAGCCCGAGCCCUUUCCGUGCGCAGCGCUGUGCUGCGGAGGAGCUGCCGCAGCUGGGGGAGCGUCCCCAGGCUCUGCUGUGCCUUGGCACCCCGGCCUCGGCCCAGCCUUUGAUGUGCUCGUCUGUCUGUCUCCUCCACGGGGCUGGGCACCAGAUCACAGCUGCCCGCUCUCCGGCUUCACAGGAGCCCCUGUCUCCAAAGACCUAUUUAAUUUUCUCCUUCAAGGUGGUGUUAGCAACACCCAGAAGAUGCUGCCGGCUUUGCCUUGGACGAGUGGGCUGCGUGUCCUUUCCACCACUGACGUCAGCUUCUCUCCUUUAAUUCCCCCUCUGGGACCAGAGCGAGUGCAGGCGCUGCCAGCUCCCAUCAGCGUUAACAGCCUGCUGCUCCCAGUGUGUGGCACCGCUCCGCGCUGCCAAUGUCACCCCCGACUCGCGCUGCCGUCCUUCGCCAAGCAUCCACGGGCGCUGGGAGAGCACAACCCUCCUCCAAAUCCCCGCCAAGGGCCCGCUGCCAGCCCAGAGCCCCCAUUUCUUGCAUGUAGGUGUGCUGAGAUGGCAGCUCAGCCCGUGUAGAAAUGGCUGACUGCUUCUCUCUCGCUUUCUGCCUUCUCUUUUUUCCCCUCCUCCCUUGCUUUGCUGUUGCCUACGCGGGUGUGUGGGGAAGGCGAGCGGCUCCCGUGCUGCGGAUGGCUUUAUCUGUAACUCUUCCAUCUGCUCACAGCAGCUCACAAAUAACCACGGGGUGCCAGAGGAAUUAUGGAUUUGGAGCUCAAGUUUCUGCAGUCUGGCAGGGCAGCCGCUCUGCGCUGGGCUCAGCCGCUCCGCAAAGGCCAGUGCCUGCAUGUGGAGGGCUUAAGGCAGCCGGGGCCGUCGGCCGGGGCCAAAUUCCCCUCCCCAUCGCCGAAUCCAGGCCAGGGCACGUCAGACAAAGCCCCAGCCCCGCGCCAGCGUGGGCACCCGGUCGUGGGAGCAGCGGGUGCUGCCGCCCCUGCACCCGGCCAGGCAGCACAGGGCUUGCGCAGCGAAGCCGCCCCCGGCGCCGGGUGUUGCUGCGGGGAUGGAAUGGGUGCUGCAGGGAGGGAAACGCUUUCCGCCGUCCCGGGUGCCGAGUCCCACCCCACGCAGCGCUGUCGGCCGGGCUCUCCGCCCCGGGAAGCGCCGCUGAUGGCUCCCAGAGCCACGCUCCGGUGGUGGCCGGGGACGAUGCUCCGGAGCCGCACCGGGAAAUGCCUCCUGCUGCCUUCAGCAUUUGGUAAAACGCUUACGAGCGGGGCCGCGUUUUCAUUUCCUGCCUGUUCCCGCUUCCAAGGAAACAAAAUCCCCCAAGCCAGGGCUGAGGUUUCUCAUUUAAAUGUAACCCAGGCCGAGAACCAGAGCGGCCCAGCCCUCCCCAUGGCGCGGCCGCCCGCGGUGACACAGGGGGGAUGUUGGAGCUCGUGCUCCCUACCAGGAUGCACCAUGACGGGUACCCCAGUACGUCACCAUUACAGAUAUCCCGGUACAUCCCUGGGAGCAGAGACCCAUGGCUGGGCUGCCGUGUGGGCAAUGGCAGCUCUCGGCUCUGCCCCAGGUGGGUCUGUUGGGGUUCAAGCUGCUGGCGGGUGAUUUUUGGGGGUGGCAUUAACCCCUCUUCAUCCUCCAAGCUGGCAAAGCCCCCCCUGUUUUCAGCACCAGGGGGAGGGCAGGAACCAGCUCUGGCUUUGCUGCGGUUGCUGCCAGUGCUGCUGCCCCGUGUCCCCGCUCCCGGCAAGGUGACAAAGGGCAGGCGCUUGGAGCCGCAGCCGAGCCCGGGGGCUGCCCAAGGCAGACAAGGGCAGCAAAACCUGCCCGGAGCCCCGUGUCCCCCCCGUGGCACAGGCUUUGAAGGCAAGAGGCUGUUUGCGGCUUCCAACAUCUGCUGGGAGCCGCAGUGCUGGGCAGGGGGAGGGCUGGGCUGGCCAGAUGUGUGCGCACAGCUGGGUGAUGGUGUUCCCACGCCUUUAUCCCACUCGCAGCCUCUGAGCUCAUGUUUUAACCCCAAAACCGGGCCCUCGGUCCCCCCUGCGCGUCGGCGGUGUGGGGGCGGCUGCUCGGCACUCGGGCGCCUUCUUGGAUGGAUUCAGCGGGUUUUUAUACCUCUGAUUUCUGCAUCUUUCUCCCCCAAAAAGGGAGCGGGCUGGGCACUGCUGCGGCCGUUCAUCCCCUUGCUCGGUGCCACCUGCUCUGUCCCCAAAGUCCUGGAGCAGCCGGGAGCAUCUCGGGACUCACUGGCUCCCGUUUCCCCCUCCAUCCCGGCAGGACCAGUCAGGCACAGGGGAGGUGGCAGGGACCCCAGGGAGCAGGAGGGACCGGCCGGGCUUGCCCACCAUGGAGGAGCAAAGCGACUGCGGCUGCUCCCUCUGAAAUCAUCAGCAGGGGAGGCACGGGGAGAGAAAAGCUGUUGAAGCUGCUGCACAAUGUUGACAGAACCACCAGGUACCAACAACCAGUGAGUAACACGGGACUGGGAACUGCAGGAUUUUCCACUGCUGGGUGGUGGGCUCAGGAACCACCCCCAGGCUGAGGGAUGGAGGUUGGAUGUCCUCAACCCCUGAGCUCUGCUCCUUUCCCUCUGGGUCAGCCUCAGUGGGGACAAGUGGAGCCCCAGAUCCCCAGCCCUGUCCCCGGCCCCGGGAGAGCAGCAGGCGCUGGUCCGCGGCCCUUCAGCCCCAUGUCCCCUCCACACCGGCUGCCACCGCCCCCGCGGCGCUCAGCCCAGCCGGAGGCACAAAGCGAUCUUAGUAUUUCCUCUGCGACAAACGGCACCAACCUGCGGCUGCACCAGGAACACGGGCCCGGGGGGACACGGACCCUCGGGGGGGCACAGCACCCUGCACCAGCACAGCAUCCUGCACCAGCACAGCACCCUGAACCACCACUGCAUCCAGUACCAGCACAGCAUCCAGUACCAGCACAGCAUCCUGCACCAGCACAGCACCCUGAACCACCACUGCAUCUAGUACCAGCACAGCAUCCUGCACCAGCACAGCAUCCUGCACCAACACAGCACCCUGCACCAGCACAGCAUCCUGCACCACCACAGCAUCCUGCACCAGCACAGCACCCUGCACCAGCACAGCAUGCUGCACCAACACAGCACCCUGAACCAGCACAGCAUCCUGCACCAACACAGCACCCUGAACCACCACUACAUCCAGUACCAGCACAGCAUCCUGCACCAGCACAGCACCCUGCACCAGCACAGCAUCCUGCACCAACACAGCACCCUGCACAGCUCAGCACCCUGCACAGCUCAGCACCCUGCACAGCGCAGCGCCCGGCCGUGCUGCGGCUGCUCUUCAGCCCCGGGCGCUGCCACAUCCCGACGUGGCUGCGGAGGCACAAAUGCCCGUGGGAAACCUGCUGCUCCGUGCCCGGGCCGGGCGGGGCACGGGGGCUCUCGGGGCGCAGAGCUCUGCCACCGCAGGGGAUGAGCUGCCCUAAUUAGCUUUGCCAUCGUUAACCCUGCUGUCUCUGCGACCAGCGCUGCAUGCGGAGCAGGCAGCAACGAUGGGCGUCCCGUCGGAUCUGAGCGGUGGCUUUUGGACCACGGGCACCUCAAUUUGGGGGUCCUGGGGAGAACUCCCACCCCCUCAUGCCACCCCCCCAGGGUGCUGCCUGUCACCUGCCUGUGACAAAGGCAGCAAUAGCAGCACAAGGGGCUGCAGCCCUUCUGUCUGCUGGGAGGAUGUGGAUGAAGAUGAGGAUGAGGAUGGUGGGCGCCCUCGGUGCUGCUCCCCCCGCGGGGCCGGCUCCUGCUAACAGGAUCUGAUGGGUGGGGGCCACGCUGUCGCUCGGAAUUUCGUAACCGGGCGCGGGGAAGCGGAGCGGGGAGAAGGUCCUGCCUGGACUCGGGGUCCUCAACCUGUCCCCGCAUGGCCCCAACCCACCCCCAGCAACAACCAGUCGCACCUCGUAUCA